AUGACGAGCCGGAGAACACUAUCUGAAGAUGCAAUAUCUAGGUUUAUCGCUGAAGAGGAAGAGAGCGAGCAUGAACGAGAGCAAGGAAGUGACAGUGAGAUAGAAGAUAAUUUGAGUGAAGAUGACAUACAGAGUGAUUUCGAAGACGAGUUUAUAGAUGAUGAGGUGCCACAACAAUUGAAUGAUACACAAAAUGAAGACGAUAUAAGUCCGCCUGUAUCUUCAGAGCCCACUGGAACUUCGGAAUCAUCCCGUCGUGACCACCGCAUAAUUGUUCCUGAUCGCCGUGUGCUUAGGGGUAAGAACCAACAUUGCUGGUCGACAAUAAAAGGACAAAGUCGCGGAAGGACAUCUGCCAUAAAUAUUAUUCGCACAAGUAGAGGUCCAACGCGCAUGUGUCGAAAUAUAUGUGACCCAAUCUUAUGUUUUAAUUUGUUUGUUACCGACGAAAUAGUGGAUGAGGUCGUCCGUUGGACGAAUGUUGAGAUCUCUGUGAAACGUCGAGAUAACAUGAUCAAAGCCACUUUCAGAGAUACGUCUGUGACAGAAGUCCAAGCUUUGUUUGCGAUACUGACUUUGAGUGCAGCAAUGAAAGACAAUCACUUGUCUACUGAUGAGCUGUUCGAUAGUAGUUUUUCAGGUACACGAGCUACGAACACUAAUGGGAUGCCACAAGGAGAAUUUUAUGUAAAGGAGUUGUCUCGGCCCUUGCAUGGCACAAACCGAAAUAUAACUUGUAACAAUUGGUUCACUUCGGUUCCUCUCGCGAAAUCCCUACUUCAGGAACCGUACAAACUAACCCUCGUUGGCACUUUACGAUCCAAUAAACGAGAAAUCCCCGAAGAACUGAAAAACACUCGGUCUCGUUCGGUAGGCACGUCAAUGUUCUGCUACGAUGGAUGUUUGACCCUAGUCUCGUACAAACCGAAGCCCUCUAAGAUGGUUUACCUGCUAUCAUCGUGUGAUGAAGACGGUGUCAUCAACCCAAUAACUGGUAAGCCUGAAAUUAUAAUGUAUUAUAAUCAGACCAAAGGCGGGGUGGACACUUUCGAUCAAAUGUGUUCCUCAAUGUCAUGUUCGAGGAAAACCAAUAGAUGGCCAAUGUCUAUGUUUUAUGGCAUUCUGAACAUAGCAUUCGUCAAUUCUUAUGUUAUAUAUUGUCACAACAUUCUUGCAAAAAAUGAAAAGCCUCUAAAUAGAAGGGGUUAUAUGAAAAAGUUAAGCGCCCAGUUAUCUGAAUCGUGGAUGAAGGAAAGACUGGAAGCUCCUACUUUGCCAAAGCAUGUGAGAGAUAAUAUCGCAAAUAUUCUUCCGAAACCGGUUGUGCAGAACGAUACAGAUAAUGAAGAAGAACCUCCAGCCAAGAAAAGGCGGUACUGCACCUUUUGCACUAAUAAAAAAAAGAGAAUGUCUAAGAUGACUUGCGUCAAAUGCAGGAAAACAGUUUGCGGCGAACACAAAAAUGAUGUUUGUUUUGAAUGCCUAUCAAACCAAAUUUGA